CUGCGAGCUAAGCCAACAAAAUUUGUUGAAAUUGGAGGAGCAUUUUAGAAAAUUCGAUAAGUAAGAAGAACUGGUGUAGUUUGGAUUGUCGUUGUUAAUUACAGCAGCAGCUGCUGCCAUUAACUAUAAGUUAAGACGGGCAUUUCAUAAAAAGACACAUAAAAUUAACUUCUCAAUGGAAAACUCCAAGCUAAGUGAAGACACCGUGGAUGUGGGAAUUCGGCAAGAUGCAGGUGUACGCAAGGAUCAUCUGUUGCUGGAAAAGCUGAAUAAACGCAACAAAGAGCGUCAAAACUAUUUGGAUGUAAAACUGGAGCAGCGCAGCAAGGAGUGCGCCCAAGACGAGGGCGUAGAUUAUUUUGCGCAGUCAUUUAGACAGCGCGCCUUCGACAUAGAGCAGCGCAUCAAGAACAUUCAGUUGAAUAGUGGCGAUGCUCCGCCACCCGAUCUCAGCAAGCACUUUGCUAACAUAACAUUGGAGAUACAGGAACUGCAGCGUUAUUUGACCGCCUCAACAAUGUUUCUCACGGACUUCAAGAUCAAAUCCUGCCAAAAUAUUGUCAAUACACUGACCAGCAGCAGCGAAGAAGUGCGUCACCGUCUCAUGCCAAAGAAAAAGUUUGGCUUUAGCAGCAAGAAGGUGACCCAGAAGCCGAAACUUGUCGUUGCUGCUGACAAAUUGGAUGCGGCUGAGCGAACGCAGGCCAAAAUGGACGCUUUCAGCUGGACUAUAUCUAAUCAGAGUAAUGCGCAUAUUGUGCUUAGUGGCGAGGAGGUCAAUGGUCAGGAUAUAACCAUUUCCAAUUUACGCAAUUGUCUGGUUGAGCUGCAGGGUCACGCGGGAUCUGUACAGGUCACCAAAGCAAGUAAUUGCACGUUUCUCUGUGGGCCUGUGUCUCGUUCCUUUUUUGCUGAGCAUCUGGAACUGUGCACAGUGGCCAUUGCUUGCCAACAGUUACGUCUGCAUUCCUCACUUCAAACGCGUAUUUAUUUGCAUGUCACCUGCCGCGCCAUUAUUGAGGACUGCCGGCAGAUUGAAAUUGCCGAAUAUAAUUAUGAUUAUGGGGAAUUGGAGGCGGAUUAUGCGCGUGCUGGUCUAGACAAGGCACAAAACAAUUACACAGAUGUCGCCGACUUCAAUUGGCUUUCACCUGAUGUACACUCACCGAACUGGACGCUGCUCAAGGAUCAUGCGGCACCCAAUUGGAGUGCAGUCAGGCGUGAUUUUGAUAGUGGCAAGCAGGCAGCGGCUCUCAUCUAGUGUUGGUGGCGCAGGCGGCUUCUGUUGACGCUGUUCUUGUGUGCUCUCGUCCUGAGUUUGCUGCUUCAACAGUUGCUGCUUAGCAAGUAAUAUUUUUCAUACUCGUAUAUUUAUUUAUGUAUACUUACGCGUAAUAUAGCCAGAGGCAAUAAAUAAUCAA